AUGGAAAGAAUACGUUUUGUUGGGAAAGUUAUCAGCUAUGUUGUGAGAGGUGGUUGUGCAGUCCAUGUUUUGCAGUCCCAUUUCUACGAAUUCACAGAGACAAGAGGUGAAUCAAUGCUUCCGACAUUAGCAGCCAGUGGUGAUUUCGUCUACACUUCAAAACGUUACAAGUUGGGUCGUGGUGUUGAAAUUGGUGAUUGUAUCGUGGCUUUGAAGCCUACUGAUCCUGAUCAAAGAGUUUGCAAAAGGGUUACUGGAAUGCCAGGUGAUAUUAUCUUGAUUGAUCCAAGUAUGGAUCCAAAAGGCAGUAACAAUAAGAAUAACAAUAGUAAUAACAAAAGUGAUGAUACAACCAAAAUAUCCUCUAUUAAUGAUGACAAAAUAAAUGAAAGUUUCAACAAGUAUAUUAAGGUUCCAGAAGGUCAUUGUUGGGUCACUGGUGAUAAUUUAGCACAUUCAUUAGAUUCAAGAACUUAUAAUUCAUUACCAUUGGGCUUAAUAAAAGGAAAAAUAAUUGCAGCUAAUGAUUUUAAUGAGCCAUUUUGGGGUGGAUCAAAAGGUAAUUUCUGGGGAUUUAGAAAGAUUGAAAAUAAUUAUGUUGAUGAAGAGAUAAUCUCACCUAGUAUUGCUGCUUGA